UUAGUUUCUUAGCAUCCCCAGUAGAGAUGCUCUUACCGUGAACGGGAAUCAAGAUCAUUGAUUGAAAUUAUAGCAGUUAAAAAAUGUUGUUGUCGCGUGGUCCAUCAAUUUUGAGAAACAUAUAUGAAUUAAAUGGAAGAAAACAGACUGCAGUGAAUUUAGAACAGAUUCGUAAAUGUUGGACCUAUCGUACAGUGAUUGAACCUAAAAGACGAUGGAAAAUAAUGGCUGAAUGCAUCGGUGGAGUAGUAUGGUGGUGGGUCUUUUGGAACGCAUGGCAUGAUUAUGAGCAUAUUCUAGGUCACUUCCCUGAAAUACGUCCAAUAGAUUGGACUGACGAAGAAUUGGGGAUUCCACCGGAUGAUUAAAUAGUCAAACAGAUUUUUUCUCUACAAAAAAUAUUGAAACUUUGACGUAUAUGUGUCAAUGAUUUUGAUGUAUUUAAAUAUUAGAUUACUACCAUGUUAGAACUCGUAUAUAAUAAUAUAUUAAAUAUAUUAUUUAUGUUUUUAAUAAAGGUAUCAUUUGAA